GUCACGGAGCCUGCCAGCCAGGGUCAUGGCGGACUCGGUGGACUUCCAGGAUGAGGAGCAAGUGAAGUCCUUCUUGGAGAACAUGGAGGUGGAGUGCAACUACCAGUGCUACCACGAGAACGACCCGGACGGUUGCUACCGGUUGGUAGACUACUUGGAAGGAAUCAAGAAGAAUUUUGAAGAGGCUGCCAAGGUGCUGAAGUUCAACUGUGAAAAGAAUAAGCACGGCGAUAGCUGCUACAAAUUGGGGGGCUAUUAUGUGACUGGAAAAGGUGGGCUGCCCCAGGACCUGAAGGCUGCCUCCAACUACUUUCUGAUGGCAUGUGAGAGAUCCUGCAAGAAGUCUGUGGAGGCAUGUCACAAUGUGGGGCUCCUGGCGCAUGACGGACAGGUCAAUGAAGAUGGCCAGCCUGAUAUGAAGAAGGCCAGGGACUACUAUACCAGAGCCUGUGACGGCAACUUCGCCUCCAGCUGCUUCAACCUCAGCACUGUGUUUCUACAGGGUGCUCCCGGCAUCCCCAAAGACAUGGGCCAGGCAUGUCGAUACUCUUUGAAAGCCUGUGAUCUGGGCCAUAUUUGGGCCUGUGCCAAUGCCAGCCGCAUGUACCGACUUGGGGAUGGUGUCGAUAAGAACGAAGCCAAGGCUGAGGAGCUGAAAAAUCGGGCCCAGCAGUUGCACAAAGAACAGCAGAAAAGCGUCACACCCAUAAAGUUUGGGUAGUGUGGUUUACUCCUAAGCCACAGAUAGCCUGAGGUUGCCCCUACACCCCCAAUUUCUGACCUUGGUUGAAGGUUAAGGUGCUGAAGCAGGACGGUUUGGGACUUGAUACUAGUAGCUCAGGUGACAAGGCACAUUGUCCUAGAGGAGGGUGUGACAUCUGGGAUGUAGCCUGAAAUAUUUAUGUUAGUCAAUAUUCCUUUUUCUGGUGUGUUUUGUGAAGACAUUCAUGUUUAUAGGGUCUGAUUUUUUAACUCUUGUAGUUCUGUGUAAAACAUC